CUUGUUUCCAUGUUGAAUUGAAUGACUGUUGUUGGUAUGAUGGUAUAGAAUCUGACUACGCAAUUGGAAUAUGAUAUAGCACAAUCUUAUCAUUUAUUAAUGAUUAAAAAUCUUCUAUUAUUUAUAGUCGCUGACUGAUAGAAAGCCAUGAAUCGUUAUGCAUGAUUAUGUGGAGUAAAAUCGCAUUGAAAGCUUGGCCGGCGUUUACCUAGAGAAAGGACUAUUUGCUGCUUGCUUCACCAAUCAUGGCCGUGGACAGAAAUCGAGCUGAGAAUAUGAGGUUGCUUCACGACACCUUGAUUUAUAAUUUAACUGAAAUAGAAAGAAGGCAGUUCACAGUAAUUCUCUCUAAUUUCCAGACGAGAAGGGACCGUGAGAAAUUUGUUAUUUCGUUGAGGAGGCUCCUGAACACCCCCAAAAAGCAGGAAGUUGUACCAUAUUUGCUGGUUAUUCUUCCCAGCAGGGAGCGAGAACAUUUCUUAAAUUUGUGGAUGAGGACUUCACAAUACAAUCAUUUUUACAGUUUAGAGGAAAAUAAGAAUGGAAGGUACUCGAGGAAACAAAAUCUUACAUAUAAUAAUUCGUAUCAAAACCAUCAAAGACAAGAACAGCUUUAUCAAAAACGAAAGUUGCAUAGCACAGCCCAGUCCUGGAAAUCAAAUAAAAGACCACCUUUAUACUCAAGACCAAAUUCUGCUUUGUCCAGCAAUCGACUCAGUGCAUCGUUGCCAUCAUUGAGAAUUCCUUCUCAACCGGGCAAACAGCCAAAAACCCAUCUGAUAUCAAUGAAGAGGAGUUCAAAGGGAGAUGGGUUUGGGUUCAGUAUCAGAGGAGGUGCUGAACAUGGCCUCGGAAUAUAUGUCUCAAAUGUAGAGCAAGGAUCAAUUGCAGAGAAAAAGAAUUUAUGUACUGGAGACCAAAUUGUAAAGAUUAACGAAUUCAAUUUCCAAAAAAUUGACCAUGCAAAUGCUGUCAAGAUUAUCCAACAAAAUAAGAAACUUCGAUUGCUUGUAUUUUCAUCGUCACUUGUCCCAGGAGCAAGGCUUUCACACAUGGAAUACCAAUGGGUUGAUACAAAUGGGAGACCAUCCUCACCCCCACUGAAUUUCAGGGAGAAAAGUAGUCAGAUUUCUAGAUCAAGAAGCAUUGGGGACAUACGACUGCUGCAAGAUGAUGAAGAGCGAAGGGUUAUUGUUCAUGUGCAGAGUGGUACAAGGCUUGGAUUAAAAAUUCGCGGAGGUAUGGAGUAUGGUUUGGGGAUUUACGUUUCGGCUGUUGACAGAAAUCACAUGGCUGAGAAAUCAGGAAUACGAGCUGGAGAUCAGAUCAUUGAUGUCAAUGGACUGGAUUUCCUGGAAAUUUCUCACAAGGAUGCAGUUCGAGUUUUGAAGUCGUACAAAAUGAUGAGCAUGAUAUUACGUCAUAUUGGCAAGAUCCCGUAUGCUAAAACUUUGUUUGAGCGGACAGAAUGGCUGGACAGCGCAAGAACGUCAAGGUCAUCAAGCAUCGUAUCUAUUGCGCACGAUGGACGAACAAGCCCGUCACCAGAGAGAUCAAAGUUUCGCCAGGGGAUAGCAGGAUCUCAGUUGCUUCAUCAAUCAGCAGUUGUUGUUCCAGCUCAUCGUAGAAUCGAAGAGCAGGCGAGAUCAGUUCUUAACGAGAAGGAGCUUGCCUCGCUUAAGUAUUACAUUAGCGAGUACAUCCAAGGAAGCAUUCAUGUUGAAGGCCUUGUCAUCAGUCUUUUCCAUCUCUUUGAUUCGUCGAAAAAGAUCUCCCUCUUAAAUGAUGUACGAAGUGUAAUAUUCCCGCAAGAUUUGGACGUGUUUGACCGGCUUGUGCUCGAGAAAGAGAUCGAAGCUAGAAAUUCGCUAAAUCAGGUUUCGCCAAGAAAGGACCAGCAACUCAACGGGAAUCACCUAGGCAACUCUCGCUUGUCACCAAAGGUCCCUGCGAAGGCGCUUUCAUACAAGCAGUUGAAAUCACCAAGAAGACAGACCAACUCAAAAGUUCCCUGGAGCCCGCCUUCAACCCCACAGCCUGCCAUUCCCUCUGCUGAACACGCCAGUCCAAUUGCUAAAGUUGAGCAAGUCUUAGUUCAUCAUCAGUCACCUGUCAUUGAUGACUUGGACUUUGAAGAAGACGAAGACGAAGACGAAGACGAAGACGAAGACGAAGACGAAGACGAAGACGAAGGUCCCGAAUACGCAGCCAUAAGUCAGGUCAAGGUACCAGUGAAAGAAGUGGUCAAGGUACCAGCUCAGGAAGUGGUCAAGGAACCAACACAAGAAGUACCACAAAGGUUAAGUUCACCCGAAUCAAAAGAGGAAUUGCUGCGACGAAUUAUAGAGGAGGGCAUGAAAAAACUUAAUGCUAGUGAUGGCCACCAGGAGAAUGGCGGAAAUAUGCAGGGAGACACAUCUCCGUCCAAUGAUGUAAUGGAAUCGCCAGUUGUAAGUGUCACAGGCAGCCCAUGCCAACGCCCAUCAGCGCAUGGAAAUGAAACUGAAGAUGAAGAUAUUGGCUUAUCGUUAAUGCGCAGCGCUUUGUUUGAUUUUGGGAAGGCUGUUCAUAGCGAAGAUGAGCUUGAUAACGAAGAUGAUAAGCAUUCUGUAAAGGGGAAUUUCGCUGGUCAAGAUCCUAAAGAAGAAGAAAUUUUGCAAGAGGCCCAAACCGAACAUGCGCCAUUUGGAUUGCUUGGCGGGGCUAUGUUUAGGCCUACGAUUGUGCCGGAAGAAGAUCUGACCGUUGUUCGUGAAACGGCAGUGGGAAGUGCGCCAAUGUCACCAUCUAGGUGGGAUACUAAUUUGGAAUAUGUGGCUAAGAAAACUGUGGGUUACGAGUUAGAUACAGAGUCAGUUGCUGAUAAAGUCAUCAACAGCUCAGCAAAUAGUUUUCCUGUUGUUGAAGAGAAAGCGAGCGUAAUGGAAAGUUACAUGUCUAAUGAUGGGGGUAUCAUUGAUUUAAGCAGGCUUUCCCUACGUUCAAGGGUUAAUGUUAACAAUAAUAUGUCAGGUAACUUCAGCACGGAUGAUUCUGAUGACGAUACACUGCGCGGUAUAGAACCGAUUCAGGACGAUCUAGAAUUCGAGUUUGAGGAUGAACCGGAACUAGCUGAACCAGACAUGCAGGAAAUAGAUAAUGACUCAACUACGUUGAAGUUUGCCCCAAUCAAGCUGCAGGAGACAGCCCCAAGUACCCCUUCCGUUGACGCGAAUCAAAAUCCACAGGACAAGGAAGAGCAAUAUGGUCGAGCUGACCGAGGUCGGCUUUUCAACGUGUAUGAGGCUAAUCCGACUUUUCCAAGACCAUUUGGGCAUUCUCAUUCUACUGGCAAUAACCGCCGGCAGCGGUUUGAAGUUAAAGAUGUUUCCGAUAGUGAGAUAGAUACCGGUGCUGGAUUUCAAAAUUUCAGCCCAAGGAUUUUGAGUGGUUCAAAAAUAGUGACCGGAGAUGCGCCAACAUUUGGCUUUCAGGCUGAUAACUCGAGCAAAGACAGUCAUACAAGCACUGAUAAGGAAAACAAAGUCAAUCUAUCUUCGGAUGACCGCGCCAUGGAUGACAGGACUACAAACGGUAUCAGCGAUUCAAUUCUUGUUCUUCCGGACCGCAAUCUAACAGCCAAACGGAUACCAAUUGUAACUUACCGGGCUGGCAGUCCGGACAAAGGCUUUCGUGAUGGGAAUGCAAUUGUUCGGGACAUUGAAGAAAUGGCAGCUGCUAACCGAAAGAAACAGGGAGACGAUGGAAAUGCAGAAAGGUCGGCAUUCCGCAAUUUACGAAGCAUUUUCGAGCAUCAACGACAAGGAACGCCCAAAACCGAGUAUUUAUCAGAAAUUAUCAAGAAGAAUAAUUCCGAGGGAAGAAGGCGAAUAAGAAGCACGGAUAGCGUUGAUGAAGCAGAGGAAGAAGCAGCCUCGUAUGUAACAGCGAUCAAUGGAAUGGAGACUGGAAAUAAACAUGGCAGGCACGGCAAACAAAAUUUCAGCAUCAGUUCAAGAUAUCCUGUGAAUCUGGGCGAAAGUGACUUAUCUUCUACUGAUGAUUUUGAUUUCUCGAGCAUCCGUUAUAAACCAAAGUUCAAUUCAAGUUUGAAUAGCCCAACAUCCGACGACAAAACGGAGAUUAGCUCGGGAUAUGGCAGUGAAGACUAUUCGCCGGUUAGCGAGGCCCACCAAAAAGUAGUGAAAAUCGAAAAAGGCAGGGAAGAAUUGGGUCUGGUGUUGGAAGCAAGCAAGAGACAGAAAAGAGGGGUACAGAUAAAGAGCAUCAUGACCGGCGAAUCCUACGCUGCCUGUAUGUAUCCUCAGCUUGAGGUCGGACAAGAGGUCGUUUCCGUGGAUGGCGAGCCAUUGCAAGGACUUGGUGCUCAGAUUGCCACCAUUUCGAUGAAAAGAGCAUAUAACAAUCCCAGUGGACGGUUUUUAGAGAUAGUCGUGAGGAACCAGAGAUCUUGAACAAAUAUAGGCUCAUCGUCGUAUUACUAGCAAAAGCCUGAUCACAUGUUCGUAAGGGCCUGAUCACAUGUUGGCAUACGAAUGAUCACAUGUUAGCCAACGCAUGAUCUCCUGUUAGCAAACACAUGAUCACAUGCUCAGUCAUCGUGCUUCUUGUUCAGGAUGCGCUAACCACAGACUGAGUCCGGAAUGCGUUAGCGUCCAUUGAUCUCUUACCAGUCCGCCACUCCCCGAGUUUCGCCUACCAGCAAAACGUGAAAAGUUCCAGAUAGACGUAUGUUUUAUACCCAUAUAAAUACAAAGUGUUUUUAACUAGAAUUAUCCAUCGGAUGUUUUUAAGAUGACAAUUUGUAAGUAACUUUGAUGUAUUUUAAUGUAAUUUUGCACGUUGCAGAUGGCCUCACUUUUUGUUCGAGUGUUGCACAGUGCAUAUAUUUUUAUCUUGUAAGGGAAUGCAUUUACCCGAAGAAUUGAUUUUUUGAGUGAAUGAAUAUAAUAAUUUUGCCCUGAAAUAUUUAAAGACGUUUUUUGUAGGGUAUGCUAUGCUUGUUCCUUACGUAUUCAAGCAUGAAGUUGGUUGAUGUUGUAAAAUUUUGGAAAAUCUCCCCGAACUUUGCUGGGUUUUUGCCAGGAGCUGCCAGGAUUUUGCCGGUUUUCACCGGGUUUUCGCUUGGUUUUGCCGGGUUUUCGCAGGGUUUUUGCUUGGUUUUGCCGGGUUUCUGCCGAUUCCGGGCCCUUUAUAGACAUGAGAUAGGCUCGGUAUCUAUGUGGUUGCUUUUUAUGUAGUUUUGAUGUAUUGAAAUGUAGAAUGGAGGUUGUCAAUGAAAUGAUGUUUGUAAGCUGAGCCACUAUAAUUGAGAACUUAUCAAAACUGGAAGCGGUUUUCUUUGGGAUAUGCUAUUAUGAGAGAAAAUUUUGAUCAUAAUUUUUGUUUUUGUGAAAAAAUUUAAUGAAAAACUUUAAAAAGACGAAGAUAAUCUUUAUACAAAAUACCGAAGUUUUCUACCUUGUGGCAGCAAACUACUCAAUGAAUCAAUGUAACUUUCUGAAUCAAUGUAAGGAAGAAUCAAUUUAACUUUCUACCAAUGAAUUUAAGAAAAAGUCUAUUUUACAUGGUCCAUUUUUAUAUCAACGCAAGAUAAAAUCCAGCGUAGAUAGUUAAAUUAAAUAAAUUCUUAGCCCGAGCCAAAAAAUAAAUAAUUUCGUUAACAAACAAGGAAUUUUUCUACGAUUUUAUCGUAAUUCCUGUCCUGCAAUGCACAACUGAAAUUUCAUUAAUUUAACAAAAGUGUAUACGCGUCAUGGUACAUCAUCAUUGAGUGAUGACGAUUGCCGUCCUAUGUGUCUGAAUCGCAUAAUGGUAGAAUCUUUUUCUUGUCCAGACCUAGUCAAAAGUCCAAGGAAAUGCAUGUAACUCCAGUCUAGUGGCAUUUCAAAGUAAUUCAGCCUCCAAAAAUCGGCUAGUCCAUGCAAGAAUUCGUCUUUGAUAAGCAUCCCGAUAAAGCCCAUGUGCCCGUAACGACGAAUCGACCACUGAUAAUUCAUAACUGCUUGGCUUAACAAAUCAUCUUUGAUAAGCUUGUAGAAACCAGAAAGACUCUCUAGGUCAUCUUCAAGAUGAAAAUAAUACUUGCCAAGGCCCGAACAGUAAUAGGCCAAAAAUGCGUAAUCCAAAGCCUGUUUACUGCGCCAUCUUACCCUCUUUUUUGUGUCGUUGAAGUUUUGGGGUAGGCCUGAUAAGCUGCUGUAAAAUCUCUUUGGUGCAUAAAUCAGCUUGAUUGUGUUAUUCUUAAUGUGCAUAUCAAACGUUUUCAUGAGUCUUUCUUGAAUGCUAUCCCGCUUCUCUUUCUCCCAAUCUGCUAAGAAUAUAACAAUGAGAAUCUCUUCUUUCUGGGUGUCCGUCAAGUUUUUCAAGUGGGUAUUUAGGGUUCUUUCCAAGUAGGAUGCAGAAGAUCCUUUUGUUUUCCUUUUAAUUGUCGAUAUUCCAAUUGUCAUGAAGGCUGGAACAAACAAGUCGCAAAAUUGAAAUAAUGUGCAUGUUCAAAACUGCAAUAUUUAGCAUAACACAUGUCAAAAAUAGCAAUAAAUCUUAUUUGGUAAGGGUAUAAAAGGUUACUAACACCAAACUAGGAUGCGAAAAUAGCAGGUGUCACUUUAAUGCAUUUUGACAAAUUAUGGCAUUAAAGUUAUAAUUUUUCCAGUGCAAAGAUUUAUGUGCGAAGAAAACGAUUAUAACCUUGUGCUGAAAUCAACUUAAGCAAAAUUUCUCGUAAGAUCCUUUUUGAUACCUAAAGAGCUAGAGAUGCAUACAGAAAGAGAAAACUUGCCCCUAGCAAAAUAUACUUCGUUAAGAGUUUUUUUGUUAAAGAGUUGCUGCUGAUGGCAAGAAUUCAAAGUGAUGGAGCUUAGUAGAAAGGGGUUUGCAGAAAUAAGCAUAUUUUCGAGGUGCUUUGCUUUUUUACAAAGAAGUUGUUUAUUUUACAACGACACAUGAAGUAUGAUGAGCUUUUCUAAUAUUCAUGGUUUCGAGUUCCUGUCCUCUUGAAUCUUUUCCUAAAGCUUAGUCAUGUUGCUUGAAAAUAUGUAAUAUGACUUAUAUUUCAAAGAGUUAUGCGGAUGCCAGGAAAAAUUGAUACCUUAGAAGGGGGGGGGGGGGUGUGACGAAUAGAUCGUAUGGUAUGAACCGAUAAAUGUACUUUGAGUUUUGCAGGUCAGAUUUCCUGUAUUUCCCUUUGUCGAUUUAUGCUUCCUUUACGAGGUUCUGGAAUUUGCUAAUCAAUCUGGGUUUUAUACCCUCAUACAUGCCUUUCUUUUUCUUGAACGAGCCAGCUAAUGUUACUUCUUCUCGUCUCAUUGGCUCUCCAUAACGAUCUCUGCAAAAGAUGUUCUCGUCUUCGGGCGAGGGCGAAGCCUUUGGAUUCACACCGGACGCCGCCAUGUUCAGCCAUUCAUGCACCCUAUCGGCAGGCAGUGUUUCCUUUUUUUGAUGAUCAAGAAUAACUAAAACAAAAUAUGGAUGCAGUUGUUAAAAAUAGAAGAAAUUCUAGCUUGAGAAUUUGACAUUUCUAGGGAUGCCCAAUAAAUGCAUCUCGAAUAUUUACCACAUUGUUCGAGACUGAAGGAAAGCCACUAAGCAAUAUUGAAAAAAAACAGGACAGGACAAGAGCAGCUGGCCCUAUGGGCUGCCAUCAGCUACCAUCUAGACAAUUUCUUGUCUCUAGACCAUUUAUUGUUGUUACUAAUGACACAUUCUUUGCAUCUGAAGAUAUAAUUUUUUCUUACCUAUAUAUUAGUAAAAACAUUUGCAGUUCAAAGUUCAAAUAGCUUGGUUAUGUGAAAAAGUAUGAAGGAAAAUUACUCUAGUUUAAUAGCAUUAAUCAGUCUUUCUAGGAGAACAACCUGACGAGUGGGCUUUAGUCAUUUGUACAGAGUACCACGUUUAGCACGUAAUUUUGGAUUCCAAGGAAACCAUUUUAUGCUCAAAGACAGGGCCUUGAUUACCUGCAACAGUUCUGAAGUGCUUUGCUCUGAAUUUGUUUAGUUAAAAUCAUCCUUGGCAACAGCAGUAACUUCGACAGAAGUUUAAGUCAGUCAGUUUUGAUUUGGAACUUGACAAUAUCUUGUUGUCAUUUUGCGCUCGUUUUUCUGUUCAUUGACUCCAGGUUGUCAGUCUCCGGAGUAUUCAUUAGAGAUUUGUUCCUCUCUGGAACAACUGUAUAUGCUGUUAUAAAUUGUUACAAGGAGAGAGGAUCAUUGCCUUUCUAAAUCUUCAGAUUUAAGAAAAAUCUGUUUCACGGGAUAUGAUUUAUUUAGUUUACGAAAUAUAAAGCAAUUCUUAACCUCUUAUUAGUCAUAUUUUUUCUCGUAAAGAUGAUUGUAGCUAGCUAAGAUCCCGUUGAAAGUACGAGCUUAAAUUUAGGAACUUUUCUUUCAUGACAUCAUAAUAGUUGGCCUUGGUGUUUAUAAAAUCUUGCAAGUUCACACUUAAAAACUCAUUGCUAACAAUGGGCCUUUGCGAGCGUGGUGACGGUCCAAACAAUGGGACUAAACUUCUACGGAUUAACCAAAAUUGAUUUCAGACUGUCUAAAAAUGCAUUAUGGGAUGCUUGCAUAGCGCAAUGGCUCAUUGCUAGCAAUGAGCCUUCAACAUCAUUCCAUUAUACCAUUACUUUUCGUGUUACUCAUUAUUUUAAACCAAUUAUUCCAAUAUAGCAAACCACACUUAACGCUAGAAGCCUGUCAUAUUUGAAUGAGUUGCUUUCGGAUUCGUUGUUUUUGCAUGGCUUUGGAGCCGUUCACGACUAGGCAAAAUUUAAGAUAGAUUCAAGAAUGUUUAGACAUCUUUAAAUAUUUGAUUUGAAAAAUAACAAGAAAGACAGGCUGAAUACAGAAAUACUUACUUAUCGUUGUGACAAAAGUUAGAAUAAACAGUAACACCACGGGCAUUUUCAAAAUUGUAGCAGUGAUUUUUCGCCUCAUGUAGAUUCCGUUCAUUUUCUGGCAGAGUUUGUUUUGAACAUUCAAGGUUUAUCCUUUCAACGACAUCUGACAAAUGCAAACAGAUAAAAGGCUGUAGCUAGUGUACUAGAGGGUUGCCUAGUUACAAGGUGCUAAGGCAGAUGAAUCUGUUUCGAAACAAACCAGGAAUUUAAGACAAUGAGUUAAAACAGUCAUAGAACCAAAAAAGGAGGACUUUCUGGUAAAGAUCACAUUUCAUUGAAUAAUAUCAUCUUUAUUUAUCUAGAAGCAUUGAAUUCCACAUGCAUGUUUGAUGUGGAUGAAACGUAACCAGGUUUGCAAAUAUUUGAUCGUGCUGGGUGCAUGUAUUUUCAUUUACCUGGAUUCAAUGCCAAAUGAAAAAAAAGAUGGCGGUCUUCUAAUAAAGGAUACUUAUUUUGCUUCUUGUGAGGGUCAGAAUACUAAUAUAAGUUAUCUUACAAUCUGUUACUGGGCUUAAAACUCUAGCGAAUUCUCUUGAGAGAGCAAUGUGUGCGAACAACUAUAGAAAUGUAGCGUUUUAGAGGGCCAUAGUGUCAAUAGGGACAAGGGGGCACACCCCAAAUUAAUAUAUUGAUAUAAUGUAUUCUUUCAGAUAGUCUGCAUAUUUUGUGGAACGCUACAUAUUGUGUAAAGGUCUUACGCUGUGUUGCUAGACUUAUGGGAGAGGAUGAGUCGAAAGUAACGAGAUCUUGUUGUGUGCCUACACCCUUGUAAUCGUGCCAAUCCAAAUCAAUUCUAUUUACAAAAUCUAGUGAUAUAUAUACUAACGGCGUACAAUAGGUUUUACUUACAUGAUUGACAUAACACUAAACGAGGUACAAAUGAAUACGAGACAACAGAAGAUUACUGAAGUGCAAAAUCCUGUACCCCCCCUCCCCCCUCCAAUAAAUUGCCUCUUGUUGUGUCUCUGUGUUUAAGGGAUUUGACCAUGAUUCAACCACGUAGCUGUAGAUAUCGGCAAUUCGAGCAACAUAUUACAAAAAAUUACCGGUUUCUUUAGCCUCGCAACUGAAAAUUCCUCGAAAGAUACUUCACGAGUUAGGAUUUUUCAAAGAAUAUGCGAGUCAAAUCACGCUGACGAAAAGGUGUGCUAUAUCACCUUCUUGGCGCAUCGAUGUACGUCAUGGACGAAAAGACACUCGGUUAUUACUGAAACAUAACUACUCACCAGUGCGAUUGUAUAUGCCUCUUUAGUGUCUCCGAGGGGGCUCUUUUCGAAAAAUGUUGUCAAAAAACAAUAUCCUAAGUAGAAAUUAGCGACUUUUCGGCAUUAAAAAAGGUGUAUGAUUUACUUGCUGCUUACGUAUUUUACCUACCCAUGCUCAGUGUGCUGCCAUGUAGAAAAAAGCUUGGUAAUCGACUGCGAUCUCGAAUGAUUGAUCAGCACUUUGAAGGCAACUUGCGGCUGCCAACAUCAACAAUUCUGCCAAAUAUUGAGAAGUUCGACAAGAACAUGCAGCACCAACUUCCACAUUAGCUUCUUGUAAUAUACUGACCAGUGAAUAUGUACUUCACAUUCUUGUCUACUUCACAUGUAUUUACGUACAGCUUCUACGUUACAGAUAAUUUUCCGAUAAAUACAAUUUUAUUGAUUAGAUUAGCAGUAAGGUAGAAUUGGUAUAUGUUAAAAUUACACUGUAUUUUGAGUUGCGGCCCUGUUAUGCAUUUCAGAAAUCAACUUUGGCCCCCUGUUUUAUAAAGGUUGCCGACCCCUGCUUUAUAGAGAUCAGGAAAAUUUCCAAAACGAGGCCGCCAUUGAGAAAUUAUUAUCGAGGAUUUUAGAAGACCACAGAUCAAUACUGUUGUCAUGAAAGAAGCAACAGGGAAUAGAUUUGAUAGAAGUGAAUGGUUUUAUAAUCACCCAAAGAUUUGCUCACAAAUUCACAAUGGGGUCUUUACCUUCAUGACGUUUCAUUAAGUUGUCUGAAAACCAUCUGGCAAUGAAUACACACCAGACAAAUCCAACAUCCAUGCUGCAUGCAGAAAGUUGAUGUCACGAGAAAAGUUACAUACAUAGCUCCUAACUUUUUAGAAGUCAUUAGUGGGUCAGGUGACAAUUUUGAGACAAUCAGGAAUAAAUGAUCAAAAUUUGAUAUUUCUGGCUAUUGCAGUGUACAUCAACCUUAUUGAAGUUUGUCACUGGUUUGAUGUGAAACUUCAUGCAUUUCCAAGUCUGCAAAGGGUACUAAUAAGUGGUUCAAAGAAAAAGGAGGAUCUGGGUAGAGAAUUCUUUUUACCGAUUAGUGGUAGCUCUCUGUUUCAGCCAGAGAGUGUGUCCAGCUUGUGGGAUAAAGAGGAAUUUCGUAAUCUUACUGAUCAAAAGAGUGUAAAUAUAGCCAUUGUCAGUGGAAGCUCAAAGAUCCUUUAUUACAAGGUCUCGGAUGGUCUUGUGCCGUGCAUCAAUCCAUCGAGCUAAAGACUCUUGAAGAAAGGAUGUAAAUUGCAAAAUAUGUCAAUAUUGGCAACAGUUUUCCCCACUGAAAUAUUUAGAAUGCUGAAAAUCAAGUGACACUGAACUGUCUUUACGUGACACUGAAUUCAAGUGAAAGCAGGGGACACUAAACUGCUGCUUUCGGUGCAUAUCAUUGCCAUAGAAGUGGAGGAAUAUAGACGGGGGCAGAUUCACGAUUCUUUACAAUUUUGUAGCAAUUGCCAUAACUUUUGUCAUUUUGUUGGGCUGUUAAAUGUGUUACAACCCUCUUUCCUACAGCUUCAUUCAUUGUGGGAUUGACUAUAGCGUCCAAAAUUUAACAUCUGAAACCAUUUAAGCAUUGGUAUUUUACCAAAUAGCGUAAAGCUAGUUGCUUGAACUAAUUGCUAUAUAUUCAAUUGUAUUUUUCGUGCGAUGUGUCAAUAGACGUCAAAGUCGACCAGUUUGCCUUGCUUUACGACAUCUUGUAUGCUUUUCUGCCGAAUAAAUAGUCAUUAGCACCGAAGUCAACACACAAAUUCAUUAAUGUUAGUUCAUUAAUUUAAUGAACUUGAAGGUAAAGUAACGCUUUGAUCCCGGGGGGUGGAGGUACCUGCCAUUAUGGCCUAACAGUUCCAAUCAGCAUCAAACAGGGACAAAGCCAAAGUAUUCAAAAAUAUCAACAAAUGAUAGUCUUUUUUGGCAAUAGCCCUCAAUGGUAGCAAAAGAACCGAAAUUAUGCCCUUGGUAGCGUCCAUUACUUUGUGUGGAAAUAAAAGAUCUUGUUAAUUUUCGAUAGUAAAUUCCAAACUAAACUAAGUAGCUGAUUAAAAGUUCCCCCUUAGAGGAGCAACCUUUUCAAAUACCCCCAAGUGGUAGUGUUAUUAUUGAAACUGGGUCAUUUGUUAGCCUUUGGUAAGACCCUCAAAUUGACUGGAUGCCCUGUCAGGCUUUGAUGGGAGUCCCCCCCCCCCCCCCCCCCCCCCCCGGGACUUUGAUACUCGUAGCAACGUUUAAGUUUAUCAUGUUAGUUGUCGUGUAAAUGCUUCAUUAUUAUGCAUGUAUUUGAUUACCAUAAA